AUGUCAUCGUCUUCGGUUCCGGUUAACUCUUUUAUUCCGGGAGCGGAAACACAACACUCAUCGGCAGAUAGAAAGGAGGCGAUACGGAAAACUUCGUCUUCACUACUUACCGAACCCAAAAAUUUAGACGAAUUCAAGCCACCAGAAACAAAGCGUUAUCGUAGCAGUUUAUCAUCGACAAGGGCGGGUUUAAAGACCGAGCCGUCAAAAGGAAUAACAACAUCGAUAGGAACUAUGGAUGAAGCGUCAACACAGGAAAGUAGCGACGGCGAUACUGCAAGUAGUUUGAAUCCUCCACAACCAUCCAAUUUUUCAACCUCGAACCAUCGUUCGGGAAAGAAUACCGUACGAUUCACAUCACCAGCCGCGUUUCUCGCUGGUCCGUCAACAGCCCGAGAGAAGAGUGGACAACAUCGCAUUGGCGCGCCUCACAAAAAUGGUCGUUCAGUUGUAGGUGACAUCACACAAGCAACCAUUACUAAGAAAUUAGUCAUACAUGGCUUCAAACAACGUCUAUUAUGCAAGGAAAGCGAUCCAUUUGAAGCAAAAUGGCAGCCACUGGAGGAAGCUGUCGUUUCAAUACAGAAAAAAAAGAAAGCAGAAACAUCUUUGGAACAGUUGUAUGAGAUUGUCGAAUUUUUAUGCACGAACAAUGCAGCAGUGAAGAUAUAUAAGAAGCUGAAAGCGUGCAUUUUAUCAUACAUUAUAGAGCAGCUCCAAAUUUUGCUGGAUGUUUCUGAUUCCACAUAUUUGUUCCUCCAAAAUUUUAAUAUUCUUUGGCUUGAAUAUUGUGAGCAAUUGAUUAAUAUCCGCAGCGUUUUUCUCUAUCUAGAUCGCACCUUUGUUUUGCAUAAUCCCACAGUUGUUUCAUUAUGGGAUAUGGGAUUGGAAAUUUUCCGUGACGAGGUUAUGGAUAAUGAAAGUGUAAGGAAGCGUUCAGUUGACGGACUUUUGAAAAUGAUUGAACAAGAAAGAGAGGGGGAACAGAUUGAUCGAUUAUUAAUCAAAUCAUUACUGCGUAUGAUGACAAGUCUUCGUGUCUAUACAGAGGUAUUUGAACGCAAGUUUCUUGAAACUACAUGUACCUUGUAUGAAGCGGAAGGACGUCAUCUUUCUCAGAGUCUUGAGGUGCCGGCAUAUCUGCGACAUGUAAAGAAGCGUUUGGAAGAGGAAACAAAUCGCGUUGAUUAUUAUUUGGAUUUCACAACAAGAAAACCACUGUUGGCAGUUACUGAAAGAUGCUUAAUUUCUGAUCACAUGGAUUCAUUUAUAAAUAAAGGCCUUGAUGAAAUGCUUCUCGAAAACAAAUGCGAUGAUUUAAAUCUAAUGUAUAACAUGGUGUCAAGGACAAAACAUGGGCUUCUUAUUUUAAAAAAUGUGUUUGCUUCUUAUGUCAAGAAAGUUGGUAAAGCUUUGGUGAUGGAUGUGAAUAGAGAUAAAACAUUGGUGGGUGAUUUGCUGACUAUGAAAAGGCAGCUGGAUAACAUUGUAGACAGUUGUUUUCAACGGAAUGAAAAAUUUAUUCAGGCGGAAAAGGAUGCAUUUGAUUACUUCAUCAAUACUCGACCAAAUAAACCAGCUGAACUUGUCGCCAAAUUUAUGGAUAGUAAAUUACGAUCUGGAAAUAAAGGAGCUACAGAGGAAGAAAUGGAAAAUCUUAUGGAUGAAGUUAUCGUGCUAUUCAGGUUUAUACAAGGGAAAGAUGUUUUUGAAGCCUUUUACAAGAAGGAUCUUGCAAAAAGAUUAUUACUUGGAAAGAGUGCAUCCGUUGAUGCCGAAAAAUCAAUGCUUUCAAAACUGAAGCAAGAGUGUGGUGCUGCGUUUACGACACGAUUAGAGGGGAUGUUUAAGGAUAUGGAAGUUUCUAAAGAUCUUGGUGUAUCAUUUAAACAGUAUAUGGAACAUGGUGGCCGUGAUCGAAUAUUAAAGCAUAGUACAAAUCAGAUCGAAUUUAAUGUUAAUGUAUUAACAAUGGGUCAUUGGCCAACAUAUGAAUAUAUGGAAGUUGCAAUACCUCCAAAUUUGGCUGAAUAUCAGGAACAUUUUCAGAAUUUCUACUUCUCAAAACACAGUGGACGCAAGCUGCAAUGGCAACAUAGUCUGGCUCAGUUAUUAUUGCGGGCUCAAUUUAAUGUAGUGAAGGAAUUGCAAGUUACAAUGUUUCAAGCGCUGGUACUUCUUCUAUUCAAUGAUAAAUUAGAAUGGACAUAUGAAGAAAUUCAGUUAGCAACCAAAAUUGAGAAGAGCGAACUAGAAAGAACAAUGCAGUCGCUAGCUUGUGGUAAAUUGAGAGUUUUGAAGAAAACACCACUUGGCAAAGAUAUUAAAGCUAAUGAUUUGUUUGCAUUCAAUCCAAAAUGCAAUGAAAAAUUGUACAGAAUUCGUAUAAGUCAGGUUCAGAUGAAAGAAACGGCUGUGGAACGUGCUCAAACAGAAGAAGAAAUAUUUCAAGAUCGACAGUAUCAGAUUGACGCUGCAAUUGUUCGUAUCAUGAAAACGCGGAAAUCUCUUGCACAUCAAUUGCUUAUUUCAGAAUUGUUUAAUCAGCUUCGUUUUCCUGUAAAACCAGUCGAUUUGAAGAAACGUAUUGAAAGUCUCAUUGAGCGUGAGUAUAUGUGCCGUGAUAAGGAUGACUCGAAUGUGUACAAUUAUCUUGCAUAG